UCAGGAGGACCAGCGCCAUUCUCUUCGCAACUCAAUGCAUCCUCUCACGCCUCUCGCACACCCGUUUCGCAGCAUGGUAACCCAUAUGCCACUUACCAGUACCAGCAGUCGAUGCAUGGGUUCGACAUGAACUCGGUAGGACUUGCGUUGCCCGGGGCUUCUCCUUCAUCCGCGUCUNACAGAGGCUAUGCACAGCAAACACCAUCACAAGCUGAUGGUAUGGCUAUGCAGACGCCAAGCAUGAAUUUUAGGCCACACCAGUUGCAACAGUAUGGAUCUCAAGGCUACCCUUCGAAUAUGGGGAUGCCUAUGCCUGGCACGCGCCCUCAAACUCAUCCUUCUAGUAUCGCGCCUCACUACUACUAUAAUUCCUACAACAUGCCGUCCUCCCAGAUCGCUAUGUCGCGCCAGGGACAGCCCAUCGCAGGGUAUCCAGUGAUGCCUGGAAUGCAUUUCACGAGUUCCGAGUUCAACAGCCAGCCGAACCAUUCUACGUCCUACUUGAGUCAUCCUAGACCCGAGUUGGUCACCCAGCCCACCCCAUCUUAUCCCAGAGGGCCUCCAAGGAAGCCCCGACAAUCUGGCCACGCACUCUGGGUCGGAAAUCUGCCUCCUGGCACGACCAUUGGCGCAUUGAAGGACCAUUUCUCACGCGAGGCAACCAACGACAUCGAGAGCUUGUUCCUCAUCUCUAAGAGCAACUGCGCGUUCGUCAACUAUCGCACCGAAGCAGCGUGUGCCGCUGCCAUGGUCAGAUUCCACGAUUCUCGAUUCCAGGGUGUACGCUUGGUUUGUAGGCUUCGUCGCGGUACCCCAACUAGUGGAUUCUCUUCGACGACACCCGACUCGUUGACUCCUGAGUCCAGCAAUGAGACCGACAAGACAGCACGAAGGGGAGUUCAGAGAACGUCUUCUGGUCCAGUCAUCGUGGAUGGUUCGUCGCCAAAGAAAGAGCUCCAGCACGAUGGCGUUGAUGGCGUUGACGGCGUCGAUGGUGUUGAUGGUGUCGAUGGGCUCGACAAAACUGUGGAUCAAAGUCCAGCACGUGUGCCCGAGAAGUAUUUUGUCGUCAAGAGUCUCACGCUGCAGGAUCUCGAAGCCAGUGUGCGCAAUGGAGUCUGGGCUACACAGAGUCACAACGAGGUUGCGCUAAACCAUGCUUACGAGUCGGGAGAAUACUUUGGUUACGCUCGCAUGACUAGCCCCAUCACCUCGGAACCAACGACAUCAUCUACGAAGCUCCAACCCAAGACCAAAGACUUAGACAGCGGACCAAAAUCAAUACCAACCCCAGCGACACAAUGGGCACCAAAAGGACGCAUCGUGGACGAUUCAGCGCGCGGCACCAUCUUCUGGGAAGUCGACAACACCCCUGAAGACUCAGUAGACGAAGAUGGAGAAGGAGCAGUCGACGGUGUUGCAACCACGAGACAGCAAGCUCAGCGAGAAGAGAAGGAAGCAGGCGCUCAACGACAAAAGCAAGAGUGGGGCAAAUCUUUCCAGGUCGAAUGGAUCUCGACGACUCGACUACCCUUCUACCGCACUCGUGGUCUGCGCAACCCUUGGAACGAGAACAGAGAAAUCAAGAUCGCGCGCGACGGCACAGAGAUCGAACCCAGCAUUGGACAGCGUUUGGUGCAGAUGUUCCAUCGUCCGGCUCAUAUGCCUCAGGGCGCGGUCGGCAUGUCUCCUGUGGCGAUGCACUUUCCUUCU